UGCUCAAUUAGCAGAGAAAAACAGGAAAAUGGAUUAAAAAAAUAUUUCAUGUUCUAGUCUUGGUUUAUGUGGUGCUAGUAGAAAAUGUAGAGAAUUUUAGUGGUAAAGAAUCUAACUAUUUUAAUGUUGGAUUGGGAGGGCUUGAAAAAUGGAGUGAUAUGGAUAAUGAGGAUUUGUAUAGUCGAUUAUAACUUGUUUGGGAUUGAGGUGUGGUGUGUGGGGUUAUGAGGCUAUUGCUAAUUUAGCUAGUCUUAUUUGAGUCUUGUCACUGAACAUUGGUUGGGGUUAUGUUAUUUGGUUUAUUGGGUGCUCAAUAAGAUGGUAAAGAUGGAUAAUUGUUGCUUCAUCGGGUUUUGUCUGGGUUCAGUAAAUUGAGGAAAUACGGUGAAAUAAAUGAUUUUUCAUGUUCUAGUCUUGAUUUAUGUGCUAGUGGAAAAUGUGGAGAAGUUCUAGUUUUAAAGAAUCUAACUUUUUGAAUAUUGGAUUAGGACGGGUUGAAAAUGGAGUGAUAUGGAUAAUGAGGAUUCGUAUAGUCGAUUCUAAUUUGUUUGAGAUUGGGGUGUGGUCUGUGGUAUUAUGUGGCUAUUGCGCAAUUUAGCUAGUCUUAUCUGAAUCUUGUCACUGAACAUUGGUGUUGGCGGUUAUGUUAUUUGGUUUAUUGGGUACUCAAUAAGAUAAGGAAAGAUGGAUAAUUGUUGCUUCGUCGUGUUUCAUUGGGGUAUUGGGACGGAUUGAAAAUGGAGUGAUAUGGAUAAUGAGGAUUCAUGUAGUCGACCCUAACUUGUUUGGGAUUGAGUUGUGGUGUGUGGUAUUAUGAGACUAUUGCGCAAUUUAGCUAGUUUUAUUUGAGUGUUGCACUGAACAUUUGGUUUAAUUCACUUCCAUUCCAUAGCAUUACCUAGAGGAAUUUUCGACGUUUUGGAGUAACCAAAGUUUAUUAUUUGGGGGAAAGAUGGUUUAACUGGGAAACAAAAACACCCUGUAACAAAUAUCCGUUUGCAAAUUGUCUUGGUCCUAUUUUGUAAACAUUUGUUUUAAGAAAAAGGAAUUUUCUCUAUCUUUCCCUCAAAACAUCCACGAAAUACGGAGAGGGAUUCUCUUCCAUAGAAUCUUCAGUCUCUUAUCAACCCAUUGACCCUUUCAACUCUGUAGUAAACUCUUUAACAUCUCCGGGCAUAACCCACAUUACUAACAAGGUUCAAGAACAUAGAUUUGGUGUUGUUAUCUCUUCCAUUUCUUUUAUCACUGAACCUCGUGACAUUGAAAUCAAUCCCUCCCCAAACCCAUGACAAUGCUUCCAAUCCUCUUAUAGCACCCAAUUUUUGCCAAAGCUCCCUCCUCUUUUUACUAUCACAUGGCCCAUAAACUCCUGUAAACAUUAACAUAAAACCCGUAUUCAAUUCUUCCAGGAAGCCAGUGUCAGAAUGCAAAACCAUUAGCUUAUCAUUGCAUUUCCAUCUCCUUUUAUCCUAAACAACAGGAUGCCCCUACGAUUGCCUUGAGCUUCUAUCUCUAUACAUUCUAUCUACCUGCUACCCCAUGUCUGCCUCAAAAAGGAGUAGUCAGCAGACUUCAGUUUUGUUUCCACAAAACAGGUUCCAUUCUCAUGAGUUCAAAUAUAUCAAGAAGGAUCUUUAAUGGAGCAUUGUUCUGGAGAAAAUGCUGAUAUAACUGAAUGGGAGAUUGACGACUAUAAAGAAAAAUCUUAUGUAAAGCUGAAGUGUGGAAAUCAAUCUUUUAAGAUAUCAGAUGUGGCUUACACUUGUCCCUAUUGUCCAGAGAAAAGAGGGCGUCACCUUUUCUAUGAAGAUCUCUUGCAGCAUGCAAGUGGAAUAGGAAAGUCUACGAUACGAACUGCAAGAGAUAGGGCCAAGCAUCUUGCAUUGGCCAAGUACUUGGAAAGCGACGUAGCAGGUGCAGUUGGUCCAUCAAACUCUAGUAAAGAGUUGAAGAGUGGAAGUCACUCUUUUAGGAUAUCAGAUGUAGCUUUUGCUUGCCCCUAUUGUCCGGAGACAACAAAAAGAGAUUUUUCCUAUAAGGAUCUCUUGCAGCAUGCAAAUGGAAUAGGAAGCUGCAACUCUAUGAAGCGAACUGCAAGAGAUAAGGCGAACCAUCUUGCAUUAUUCAAACACUUGGAAAAUGAUGUAGCAGGUUCUACCAGUUCAGCAAAAUCUUACGAAGAGUUGAUGAGUAGAAAUCAACCUAAGAUAUCAAAUAGGACUUUUGCUUGUCCCUAUUGUCCGGAGACAAGAGAAAGAAAAUUUUCUUAUAAGGAUCUCUUGCAGCAUGCAAAUGGAAUAGGAAGCUCCAACUCUUUCAAGCGAACUGCAAGAGAUAAGGCAAACCAUCUUGCAUUAGUCAAGCACUUGGAAAAUGAUGUAGCAGGUUCUGCCAGUUCAUCAAAAUCCUAUCAAGAGUGGAGGAGUGGUUCUCUUAAGAUAUCAAAUAUGGCUUUUGCUUGCCCCUACUGUCCAGAAACAAGAAACAGACAUUUUUCGUACAUAGAUCUCUUUCAGCAUGUAAAUAGCGUAGGAACCUGUAACUCAAUAACGCGAACUGCAAGUGAUAGGGCCAAGCAUCUUGCAUUAGCCAAGUCCUUGGAAAAUGAUGUAGCAGCUGGUAAAUUAAAAUCUUAUGAAGGGUUGAAGAGUGGAAAUAACACUUUAAAGAUAUCAGAUAUGACUUCUGUUUGUGCCUAUCGAGAGACGAGAAACGGAGAUUCUUCGUACAAGGAUCUGUUGCAGCAGGCAAGUGGAGUAGGAAGCAGUAACUCUAAGAAGCAAACUGCAAGGGAUAAAGGCAACCAUCUUGCAUAUGCCAAGUACUUGGAAAGUGAUGUAGCAGGUGCUGUUGGUGCAUCAAAAUCUUAUGAAGAGUCAGCAAGUGGAAAACACUCUUUUAACAUGUCAGAUAGGACUUAUGCUUGUGCCUAUUGUCCAGAGACGAGAAACAGAGAUUUUUCGUACAAUGAUCUCUGGCAGCAUGCACUUGGAGUAGGAAGCUGUGACUCUAAGAAACGAACUGCAACAGAUAAGGCUAACCAUCUUUCCUUGUCCAAGCACUUGCAAAAUUUUGCCAAGUACUCGGAAGAUGAUGUAUCGAGUGCUGCCAAUACAUCAAUGCCUUAUGAAAGAUUGAAGAGUGGUAAUCAUUCCUUUAACAAUUCAGAUGUGGCUUUUGCUUGCCCUUAUUGUCCAGAUACUAGAAAUAAAGAUUUUUCAUAUAAGGAUCUCUUGCAGCAUGCUGGUGGAGUAGGAAGCUGUAACUCUAAGAAGCGAACUGCAAGAGAUAAGGCCAAUCAUCUUGCAUUGGCCAAGUACUUGUCAAGUGAUGUUGCAGGUGGUCCUGGUAAAUCAAUAUCUUAUGAAGAGUUGAAGAGUGGAAAUAACUCUUUCAGCAUACCAAAUGGGGCUUAUACUUUUGCCUAUUGUCCAAAGAAAAGAAAGCAAGAUUGUUUGUAUAAGGAUCUCAUGCUGCAUGUCAGUGAAGCAGGAAGCUGUAGCUCCAAUAAGCGAACUGCAAAAGAUAUUACAUUUACCAAGUCUUUCGGAAACGAUGUAGCAGGUGCUUCUAGUCCAUCAAAGCCUGAUACUCUGGGUAAUCCUCAGGUUGAUUCUCUUGCAGAUCACGAUCUUUCGGAAAUGUUUGUGUGGCCAUGGAUUGGGGUUGUUGUGAACCUUCCCACUGAAUUUAAGGAUGGUCGCUAUGUAGGAGAAAGUGGUUCUAAUCUGAAGGAUCAGUUGAUAAGGAAAGGUUUCAAUCCAACACGAGUGCGCACUCUUUGGAAUGACCUAGGCUAUUCUGGAAUUGCUCUUGUUGAAUUCAAGAAAGAUUGGUUUGGGUUCAGUAAUGCCAUAUCAUUUGAGAAGGCCUAUGAGGCCGAUGAUCAUGGGAAGAAGAAUUGGGAAGCCAAUAAUGACAAAAAAUCUGAUUUGUAUGCUUGGAUAGCUCGAGCUGAUGAUUAUCAGGCCACUAAUGUUGUUGGUGAAAAGCUCCGCAAAGUUGGAGACCUUAGAACUGUUUCUAGUAUCAUGGAAGAAGAAUCUCGCAAGAAUUGUAUACUUGUUUCUAGUUUAACCAAUGCCAUUGAAGUCAAGAAGUUGCACAUAAAGGUGUUGGAGGACAAAUUACGGGAGACUAUCCAGUCUGUCGAACAGUUGAUUGUGGUGAAUGCUAAACUUCGUCAAGCAAACAAUGAAGAAAUAAAAAAGAUCCAGUCAAGUGCGCGUGAUCAUUUCCAGCAGACAUUUAUUAAUCAUGAAAAGUUGAAGUUGCAAAUGGAAACUCAAAAAAAGGAGCUUGAUCUCCGACAUGAAGAACUGCAGAAGCGUGAAGCCCAAAAUGAAAUUGACAGGAAAAAACUAUCUGAAGAACAUGAACAGAAUGCUAUCCUAAAAACAUCCCUUAGUGCUGCGGUUGAAGAGCAAAGGAAUGUUGAUGAAAAAGUACUGAAAUUGGCAGAAGAAUUGAAGAAACAAAAGGAGGAACUCCAUAAGAGAAUUAUUAGGCUUGAGAAACAACUCAAUGCAAAACAAGCAAGUGAAACAGAAGUUGAGCGAUUGCGAGUGAUUAUUAAGCACAUUGAAGAGGAAGGCGAUCAGGAAGUUCUGGAAAACGUUGACACACUGCUUAAAAGUUUAAGAGAAAAGGAAGAAAAAUAUGAAGAUUUAGUGUCAUUGAACCAAACCUUGAUUGUGAAGGAGCGAAAGAGCAAUGAUGAGCUGCAGGAAGCCCUUAAAGAAUUGGUUAAUGGCUUGAAGGAAUUACCUAGAAAAGGUCCUAUUGGUGUUAAGAGGAUGGGAGAGCUCGACAGCAGGCCGUUCUUUGAAGCAGUGAAGAGGAGAUAUAAUGAGGUAGAAGCUGAGCAGAUAGCUUCUGAGUUGUGCUCGUUGUGGGAGGAGUACCUUAGAGACCCUGAGUGGCAUCCCAUUAAAGUUGUUGCCAUAAAUGGGAAACAUCAGGCUGUAAUAGACGAUGAAGAUGAAAAACUGAAAGACUUGAAGAAAACUUAUGGUGAGGAUGUGUAUAAAGCUGUUACAACCUCUUUGACUGAGAUUAAUGUAUACAACCCAAGUGGAGGAUACAUCAUUUCGAAGUUGUGGAAUUAUGAAGCUGGUGAGAAAGCUACUCUGCAAGACGGAGUUACUGUGCUACUAAACCUCUGGAAAAAGAAAAUGACACUCGACUGAAUGUCAUUAGUAAAGGUUAGAGGAGCAUUGGAAAAUAUGAAGCGUAAGGUGGUGAGGAGCAUGAACU